CCCGUCUGACUGCAGGAGCACAUGAGAACUUAUGGCGUGAACAGGCAGAUGAGUUCAGUGUAUGAACAGGCCGUGCGACAAGUGGGAUCCUCUGAGUUUCACAGCUGCUGCGUUUGUAUUCACUGAACUUUAGAUAGACGUAUUUUUAGUAGGCUAUCAGAGUAAUGACUGCCACAGUUGGACUUGUAGUUCAGGAAAAGUAAAAAGAACCGGUUGUUGCGGCGUGUUGUCUCCUGGGUGUGUUGUAAUUAGUUAAUUUGGAUCACCCGGCGCUCUCGGUUAAACCCGUAGGGAACCCUGGCCCCAGGUCGUCAAGUGGACGGCCACAAAGGCUGCUGUGCGCUUCAGCGUUCCAACUAUUCUGUAACUCAUCUUAACAUUAAUACAUCUGUUCAGCAUGUACAGCAUGAUGGAACACGAGCUGAAGCCGAGCGGCCAGCCGCCUUCUCAUCAGACCACCCAGGGGAUGUCACCGGUCACCGGCAACAUGACUGGGAACAUGGGGAGCAACGGCAACUCUCACCCGAGCUCCAAAACGGCAUGUGCUCCUGGAAGCGACCCCAUGGAUAAAGUCAAGCGGCCCAUGAACGCCUUCAUGGUCUGGUCCAGGGGACAGAGGCGCAAGAUGGCCCAAGAAAACCCCAAAAUGCACAACUCUGAGAUCAGUAAGCGGCUGGGAGCCGAGUGGAAACUCCUGACCGACGCCGAGAAGCGGCCCUUCAUCGACGAAGCCAAGCGGCUCCGAGCAGUGCACAUGAAGGAGUACCCGGACUACAAGUACAAGCCACGGCGCAAGACAAAGCCCCUGCUUAAGAAGGACACUCAGGUGGGCAAGUACCCGCUGUCAGCGGGUAACCUGCUGGCGGCGCCGGUCCAAGGUGGCAGUACGAGGAUGGAGAGCUACGGCUGGGGCCCCACCGGGGGGUACGCCGGCAUGCAGGGCGAGGCGCUCGGCUACACACAGCAGCUCCACCGGUAUGACCUGUCUGCUCUGCAGUACCCACCUGCAAUGACGGCAGCGCAGACGUACAUGAACGGAGCCAACUCGUACAGCCCCAUGUCGUACAGUAGCAGCCCCCAGCAGCCGAGCCCAGUCACCAUGUCUAUGGUGAAAACGGAACCUGUGUCCCACUCUCCUCCGACAGGAGCACCCAAUCACCACAGGGGGCCUUUGCAGGGUGACAUCAGGGACAUGAUCAGCAUGUACAUACCUGGACCAGGAGGAGAUGCCAGUGACCCCAUGACAGCACAGAGGGGUUACACCAGUGUCCAGCAGCACUAA